AUGAGCUCAGAGAGCAGUGCAAGUAAUGGCCAUGCGAAAGAAGCAGCAUUAUAUGAGCAGCAGCUGUCCAAGAUUGGUGAAGUUAGAGCUGCUCUAGGACAACUAUCUGGAAAAUCUGCACUAUACUGCUCAGAUGGUUCAAUUGCGAGGUACCUGAUAGCAAGGAACUGGGACGUGAGGAAGGCUACCAAAAUGCUUAUGAAAACCUUGAAAUGGCGUUCAGAGUAUAAGCCGGAUGAGAUCCGUUGGGAUGAGAUAUCGGGUGAAGCCAUGACUGGUAAAAUUUACCGAAGUGAUUAUUUCGACAAGAGUGGACGGAGUAUUCUUGUCAUGCGGCCUGGAUGCCAGAAUACCAAGAAGUCCAAAGGGCAGAUCAGGUAUUUGGUAUACUGUAUGGAGAAUGCAAUUCUAAAUCUUCCAGCUGGACAGGAUCAGAUGGUUUGGCUGAUUGAUUUUGCUGGCUUCAGCUUGCCUAAUGUGUCACUUCUAGUGACAAAGUUGACAGCAGAUGUCUUACAAGGUCAUUAUCCUGAAAGAUUGGGUGUGGCAAUUCUUUAUAAUGCUCCCAAGUUUUUUGAGUCUUUUUGGAAGAUGGCAAGUCCCCUUCUUGAGCCAAAAACGAAAAAUAAGGUCAAAUUUGUGUACUCGGAUAGACCUGAAACUGACAAGAUAAUGGAAGACCUUUUCAACCUGGAUGAGUUAGAAUGCGCAUUUGGCGGUAGAAGCCCGGUCACUUUUAACAUAAAUGAUUAUGCUGCAAGGAUGAGAGAAGAUGAUAAAAAGAUGCCAUUAUUCUGGAGCCCCGAGAACUCGGCUCUUGCUGCAGAGCCAUAUCGCAUGAAGAACCACGGGUCUCAACAAUGUGACUCGGGUUUGAAGACUGAAGAGACUGCAUCUGACAUGAUUGGGGAAACAGAAGCUGCAUCUGAAAAGAGUGGAGAAACAGACACUGCAUCGGAGAAGGAAGAUGCCGAGGCUGCAUCUGAGGAGAGGGAAGAGACCGAGACUUCAUCAGGGAAGAGGGGAGAAAAUACGACUGAAUCUGUAAAGGAGGAAGAAACUGAGACCGUUUCUGAAAAGAAAGAAGAAACAGAGACUGGGUCUGAAAAGAAAGAAGAAACAGAGACCGAAUCAAGCACUGUAAAAUUGACAAGCUCGCGAGGGGAAGGUAUUGCAUCAGCAGGCAAAAGUGGCAGUUCAUCUGAUCCUUGA